CGACGGGGCGGGGCCAGCCGCGGCUUCCGGCUUCCGGCCGAGAGGGUGGUCGCCCGCCGCCGUCAUGGCAGCUGAGGAGAAGGACCCCCUGAGCUAUUUCGCGGCGUACGGGAGCAGCAGCUCCGACUCGUCGGGCGAGGAGAACAGCGAGCCGGAAGACGGGGGUCGCAAGGAGGCGGCGCCGGCUCCGACGACGGGCGGCCGCGGGAAGCCGGCGGAGAAGCGGCUGCCGGGCCCCGACGAACUGUUCCGCAGCGUGACCCGGCCGGCCUUCCUCUACAACCCGCUCAACAAGCAGAUCGACUGGGAGCGGCACGUGGUGAAGGCGCCCGAGGAGCCUCCAAAGGAAUUCAAGGUCUGGAAGUCCAACUAUGUGCCACCCCCCGAGACCUACACUACCGAGAAGAAACCGCCGCCGCCGGAGCUGGACAUGGCAAUAAAGUGGUCGAACAUCUAUGAGGACAAUGGUGAUGAUGCCCCACAGAAUGCUAAGAAAGCCCGGCUUCUGCCGGAAGGGGAGGAGACCGUGGAAUCGGGUAUGCUGUUGAUCAAGAAAAUAAAGUUCAUUCAGGCAUGGAGUCUUGUGUCUGUAAUCUUAGUACCUGGAAGGCUUGAGAUGAUGACAGAGAUGAGCGUGCAUCUAAAGUUCGAAGAGUGGAGCCAGAAGCAGCCAAGAAGAAGAAGUAGAGAAGCAGUGGCGAGAACACUGGGCUGCUGAGCUCCUGAGAUGUGUCGUUGGCUGGAGUGUUUGCUUUUGUGGUUCUCAUGACAGACAUCUCCAUGAAAGUAUUUAUGUUAAUGAACUAUCAAGUACCGCCUCAAGACUUUCCGCUGUAGAACUGAGGUUUUUAUUUAAAACCUGUAUGUAUUUACAACUCUAAUGGUGACCUGUGAUUGUGAACUGACAGUACUUGGAAGCAUUCUGGCUAUCACAGAAUUGGUGACAGGCUUUGAGAGUUUUGUCACUUGGACAUGCCAUUGUUCUUUGGACCUUUUAUAAAGGAAUCUAUUUUUAAAGUAAAUAUAUUGUAAUGUACUGUGAA